AUGGCCGCCCGAGGUUUCCACUGGUUUCGAACUAACCUUCGGCUGAGAAGUUGCCCGACUUUGCGCACUGCACUCGAUUUAAAUCCAGAGGCUCUAUACUCGGUUUGGUCCUGCAUUCUUGGGGUCGUCCUCAUGUUGACCCGCAGAUAUGGACAUGGGAUCCGGAAUAUGUUUACGCUCAUAGCUUUGGCGUGA